AACAGUUGUCGGUUCAGGUUUUGAUUUUGAUCAUAGCAGUUUUCGUCAUCUCAGGAAAUUACGGCUUUUAUGCUUUUUAUAAAUUCAUGAUGUUUUUUUGGACCAAAUAGAUUUCACUCGUCUAUGCAAUUUUUUUUUCGAGAAUUUGUUUUUGAGCGAUGUCAGGUUAUGGAAAAUACAAAGUAAAAAAUCUUCCCAAUUCAGCAUAUUAUAUUCCUAAUUUCAUAAGUUCAUCUGAAGAGAACUUUCUUUUGGAAAAAAUUUACAGUGCUCCAAAACCGAAAUGGAAGACAUUAUCAAAUCGAAGACUUCAGAAUUGGGGUGGACUGCCUCAUCCUAAAGGCAUGAUUCAAGAAGAGUUACCAAAGUGGCUGUGCAACGUUAUAGACAAAAUUUCAGACUUGAAUAUAUUUGGAGAAAAGGUACCAAAUCAUGUGUUAGUAAAUGAGUAUUUGCCUGGUCAAGGUAUUAUGCCCCAUGAAGAUGGUCCUCUAUUUUAUCCAACUAUUGCUACUGUGAAUAUUGGAUCUCAUACAGUGUUGGAUUAUUAUGAAAAAAUAAAUACAGAAGAAUGUUCAGAAGCAAAAUUGGAGACAGGGCAUAACAAGAAACAUAUUGGAUCACUAUUAUUGGAGCGAUGCAGCUUACUACUGGUGCAAGAUAAUUUGUAUCAGGAAUAUCUUCAUGGAAUACAAGAAAGAACUGUGGAUUCUAUAACAGAAAACAUUAAAAAUUUGGAUUCAGUUAGUGCAGAUGAAGGGCAAGAGCUUAAUCGGGAUUCAAGAAUUUCGCUAACAAUCAGGCAUGUGCCUCACACUGUAAAAACCAAAUUUCUGUUUGGAAUAAAAUAAUUAUCUCAUUAGUUUUUAAUUUUAUGAUCUGUUUGUUUGCAAAUAUGCAUAAAUAAUUAGAUAAAAAA